CCCGCCUCCGCCUCCGCGCCCUCCUCCCUGCCCGCGGGGCGCGGGAGCCGGUGACGGGAGCGAGGCGGAGUCUGGAGGGAAGAUACCGAGAGAUAGAGAUUUAAAUCACAUCCCCGGCUGUAGAAGGGCAGCAGCAGCAGCAGCCCCGGCGCAGAGGCACGGACGCAAGCACCGAGGACAGGUCUGCCGGCUCCGCCGCUGCUGCUGCUGCUCGCCAUGGGUGCCGCCGCCGCCGAGCCCCCCCGCGCCGCGGGCCUGGUGUCCAGCGUGCUGAACGACACCCUCGAGUUCUACCGCUGGACCUGGAGCAUCCGAGACAAGCGUGUCGAUGAUUGGCCCUUGAUGCAGUCUCCAUUUCCAACACUGACUAUAAGCACUAUUUAUCUCCUCACUGUUUGGCUGGGCCCCAAAUGGAUGAAGACAAGAGAGCCCUUCCAGUUACGUUUCCUGUUGGUUGUUUACAACUUUGGAAUGGUUCUACUCAACUUCUUCAUUUUCAAAGAGCUGUUUUUAUCAUCAAGAGCUCGAGGGUACAGCUAUGUCUGCCAGACUGUGGAUUAUUCAGAUAAUGUUUAUGAAGUUAGGAUAGCUGCUGCUUUAUGGUGGUAUUAUGUCUCCAAAGGAAUCGAAUACCUAGAUACAGUGUUCUUCAUCCUGAGGAAGAAAUUCAACCAAAUCAGUUUUCUUCAUGUCUAUCACCAUUUCACCAUGUUCACUUUGUGGUGGAUUGGUAUCAAGUGGGUUGCAGGUGGACAAGCUUUUUUUGGAGCUCAGAUGAACGCAUUUAUUCAUGUUAUUAUGUACAUGUAUUAUGGACUAGCUGCCUGUGGCCCUAAAGUUCAGAAAUAUCUGUGGUGGAAACGAUACUUGACUAUACUGCAAUUGGUGCAGUUCCAUGUGACUAUUGGCCACACAGCCUUGUCUAUUUAUAUUGAUUGUCCUUUCCCUAAAUGGAUGCACUGGGGUGUCAUUUUCUAUGCUAUCACCUUCAUUUUCUUGUUUGGUAACUUCUAUUAUCGGACAUAUAAGCUGCCCAAGGAACCUGUAAAGAAUGGCAAAAUAGCAAACGGUGCUGUUGCAAAUGGAGUAAGCAAAGCAGAAAAUAAUCCAGUGGUGGAAAAUGGAAAAAAGCAGAAAAAGGGAAAAGCAAAAGGAGAGUAACUUGAUCCAGGCCUUAACCAUUGUUGGCAGUGAGGAACCUACAGUUUGGUUUAUAAAAGGAAGAAAAAAACACUAUCUGUACCAAUUAACCUUAGGUUACUGAAGAGCUAGAACACAGAUAUUUUCAUUAUUUAUGAAGAUUGUUUUAAGAACAAAACUUAAAGUUGAAUUUCUAUUGUAAUUAUGUAAUUAUCAUGCAUAUGGUCUCUGUGUAAACUUGUAGACUGCUGGUGUUGGUGAAUGUAAGGAAGAAUCGCAGUUAAUUCCAUGUUUAGCAGUCCAAAAGUUAAAACUACCACUGAUGCAACCAGCUUCAUUGGCACCCACAUUUCUUUGGGGAAGGGAGGGGGGAAGGAAGUAGCGUUUGGAUACUUGUGUUUUCUUUCCAGAAAUUUAUUAAAUUUCAAAUUACAAUGUAUUAUCUAAACAGAACGCGCAACUUUUCUUGUCCUCCUUGGAGAGUAUCUUCAGAAACGUCAUGUUCAUGUAUUGUCAAAACAGUGUUUGACUUUUUCAGACAUUACUUGAUUUAAUUUAGUGUCUGUUUCAGGUUUAUUUUGGUUUGGUUUUUUUUUUUUUUUGGCUUUAUUUUUUUAUUAUUUGUUUUUGGUUUUUGGUUUUUGUUUUGUUUUGUUUUGUUUUUUUUCCUUGUGUGGAAAUAUACCUACCUCUUCAUCUGCUGAAUAGAAUAUUGAGCAUUAAAUAACUGAUUUCUGAAAUACGGAGUCCUCUAAUAUAAAUAUCCAUUCACAUAAUUUAGGAGGAAAUUUUUCCUUGGGAGUGAAAGAGAUUUUAUUUCCAGGUACUUUGGGUCAAAACAUCAAUUUUGAACUUAAAUUUUGGGGUGAUGUUCUUAGCGUGGCUAAGAGAAGAAAACAUUUUAAGAACUUAUAAAUAUGAAACAGUCAUUGUGUGAAGCAAGCAAUUUAAACAGGCCUGUGGCUUUGUUAUCUGUGACCUGCAUUAAACCUGUGGUGCUGAUUGACACUGGAACUUGUAAGAUAACAUUAUGAUGGAGAGAAAACAACACUGACAUCUGCUUAGAAGUACAGCGUGUCAUGCUAACAACAGGACAGGUACUUUAUUGGGGGAGAGAGAAUUCAGUUAUAAAGUUCUAAAUACAGCAAACACAAUGCUGAAAAUGCUGCUACUGUUUGAUGCCCAUCAAUACUCAAUUUGCUAGGCACUUGUGGGCAAAAUAUCGCUGGCAGUCAGGUCACCAUUUUAAUGUGAAUGACAGAGUUGGGCUUCUGUAAAUCUGGUCCCAAAAUAUUCUUGGUUCUUCUCAACCUGAUUGACAAAGUGAUUCUGCUAAUCAGUUUUUAGUCAUAACUGCUACUACAAGAUCUAAAAGAAGCCUCUUUUAGUCAGCUUUUCGUCUUACUUGAUGCAUUAAUAUUUCACUCCUUUUGUGAAGUGAACAGGAAUACAAGUUAAUUCCCUUCCACACAAAAUGAAAAUUUAGACAGAAUUUUUGUGUUGCUGUGGAUGCAGUGAAUAAAAUGCGAGUGGAGUUAGAAAGCACAUCUGAACUCACAGGUUCUUUAUUCAUCGCUGCAAGAGCUGCAUCGUUGCUGUUGAAAUGCGCUUUUCCCAGCUCUGGCCAGAAACACUCAUUGUCAGUGAUGAACUUACAUGGAGGAAGUGGUGACGUUACUGAGGGGAAAAAGUACACGCAGCUCUAGGUAUAGAGAGUAACACGUGGCACAUGUAACAGUUUAUGCAUCUCGAAUACCCAUUUGCCUGUUAUGACCUGUUUUGCAUAAUAUGGACAUUUUUUCUGUCUUGGGUUCAUAGCUUGUCACUUCAAUGAAAACUAUUUAAGCCUAAAAAAUGGGUGAUAGGGGAAAAAAAAGGUCUGGUUGUGACCUGUUUUACUGGGAAAUAAUUCCUAAUGCUGGAGUUCAUUCAACUGCCCGAGUGGCUUAUCAGUAAUAUCCACGACUGUGGAUUUUGUGGCAGAAUAGAGGAUUUGGAGAGAAUGUCUCUGCUGAGCUGUAAUGUAUGUGACCAUUCAUUUUCCUAUCUGUUGUAUCUCAUGGUUCUUCCUCCAGCCUUUGUAAUGCUGCUUUCUUUUCUUUUCUCUUCUUUCUUUCUUUCUUUUUUUUUUUUUUUUUUUUUUUUUUUCACUGCUACGACUCUUACGCAUUUAUGCAAUAUGGCAUGAGGAAGAGCGAACAUGCUCUAUUCUUCUUUCUUGCACAGAUGCCACUGUUUAACAAGCCAAAAUGUUGGCUGGCUGCUAGCUCUGGAAUGGCUAAUGGAGCAAAUAACUGCAAAGCAAGUUGAACAGCAGAUUUACUGCACACCUACCAUUACAGGUUAAUGGCCGGUGUGGGUACUCUAACCCCAAUGUGAUUUCCAGGUAGCUUACUCCACUUUGAUAAAGAGUAGCUUCUUUCUGUUUGACAUGGGAUCUGGGCAGCUAACCAGUAAGUCUGUAUCAUUCCUUGUCUUGCAUUAAAAUUGGUUGUUUACUCUGUCUUUCUGUAAGCCAGAUUGGAUAAACUGAUAGGCUUAAUGUGAUCUGGCUCCAAAAAGAGCAUACCAAGAAAUGCUGUAGCAAAGGACAUAUAGUCAAACCUGUACUAUACUUUGUAAAGUAAGAAUUAUAUCUUGCAUGCUGGCAAAUACCUAAAAGAAUUGAAAGUCAAAUCAUGUCUCCCCCUCAGCACACAUGGAAACUGCUCAAAUUUCACAACAACUCAAACUUUAUGGGCAGAACUGGGGUAGAAUCCUGCCCUCAAAUUCUGGGUCAUUUGAUACCAUUAAAAAGAAAAGAAAAGGAGAGAGAAAGAGAGACAGUGCUUAUGGAGAAUGCGUGCAUAGAUGCACAUCAUGUCUGGACAUGUGAAUAAAACCAGCUUGAAAGAUUAGCAGUUCCAUGGGGGAAAAAAUCACAUUGAGUUUCUGCAGUGCUGCUGUUUUGAGCCCAUAUCCUGUGAUAUUGUUUCCUUAGAUCUAUUUAUGAUAUAUUUGAUUAUUCAAGGCUUGAGUCUCAUUUUGGUCUUGAAUAUAAUGGCCUUACUAAGUGUGCACUUCUGUAGACAUGGCCAUGAGUGCAAUACUUCUGACUAUGCAGAUUUCUCUUUCUCAAGAUUUGCGUACGUGAGAUGCUGCCAGUUCUGCUAAAGUCAUCACUUAGCCCAAGGCUCCACAGAAUUUUGCCACAGAACUAUGUGUACCUGUAAAAAUGUUUCUGCUGUACACAGGAUUCAAACUGAAAUUAUAAUUAUUUGCUACCCAUUCCAAAGCUCUUGGACCAACCUUACAAUUAUUUGAUGCCAUAGAAGUGAUACCAUUUUACUUCUCCUCUAGCAGUGACAGUUGCUGGAUUCUUUUAGCCCUUUGCUCAGUGUAAAAGAACUACAACAAAUUCUGUGUGUGUACACAUACACACUCACACACACACGUAGUAUGUGUGCACACGUGUGUGUACCUAUGUACAUAUACGUGAGCUCUUAGGAGGGUGUGAAGUAAAUGAUAUUUCUUUGAUGUGAGGUUGGCAGGAACUAAUAGCAUAGUUCCUAUGGCUUGAGCACUGAAAUGAAGCAAUUUUCACUGAUCUAUAAACCCAAUAUCAGUCUUGUAUACAUGGGUAGCAUUUGUCAGUCAUUUUAGACGUUGGACAAGCCAGAGCUAUUUCUCCCAGUGUAAUAAAUUGAAGUAGCAGCCAUAGUUUCUGAAGGGAGGUACCUCAGCUCAGAGGAGCUGAGAAAUGAUGCUGACUUGUAGUGGGAAGCAGUGUGAGUAAUCUGCUCCAGGUAAGUCUCUGAAGUCAUUGCAGUCACGUACUUUAAGAGAACCCUUAAUAAAUAAAUGUUUACCUAUAGAUUCAAAAGCGUGGACUAUUUGAGUGUAUGACCAUUACCUACUAACUGCUCCAAAUCAAGAGGAAAAGAUGAAGGCAAAAUAAAAGUACUGAAUGUUUUUUCAGGUUAAUCUUAUUUCUUUAGAGUAAUCAUUUGACAUCCAGGUGCUGGGGAGACAGGUAAGAAAGGAGUAAGCAACUGUUGUGCUCAAAGAGCUCGCCCUUAAAAAUGUUUUUGAGAACACUUACUGUCCUUUAAAAACUUGAGUAUAAUUUUUCAUGGUAGGUAAAAUUAAGCCUUGCUUCAUGUUAGCAGUCAUCAUGUGUAAACAGUAUUUAAAUCAGGUCUGUUUCACUUGAAGAAAAUGGGGAGGUCGUGAAGAAUCUGGAGUCAAGCACUCAGCUCAGGCUGUGACAAUUUGGCACUUGGAGCAGGUCACCACCAUGACGUUUCAGUGUGUUGUGCUCUGACAGGUCUCCCUUUUGCUAGUGUAAGCAGUCAGAGCUCUGGAAAUCAGGGUGGCUCCUGUUUACAUCACCAGAGUGUGUUUAACCCUAAAGAACAGAAAAAAAAAAUACUUGCUUUCUGCCAAUAUCCCAUGAGGAUGAGGGAAAUAUAUGGGUCUGGAUGCUGCUUUUGCAUAAGGUGUUAAUGCUUUUGUAAACAACAAAAAUAAACAUUACUUUUUUUUCA